GGCUUGGACUGCAGGGGAGCAAUUGCAUGAGGCAGCGCUGGAUUUGGAGCUGCAACUUGAACCUAGGAAACAUUCCCAACAUCAUCUCAUCGAAACCAUUUACUCAGGAACGACCCUCGCCGACUUCUUCCCGACUACGGUCCGGCCUGAAUCUCCAUUCUCGGAUUCUGCUCGCCUGCGCGAACCUGACGUAUCCCCAGCAACAGCAUCGUGUCGGUGACAAUGGCACAGGGCGACUCGGAGAGGGUGCGCGAGGCGCAGAAGGUGGUCAAGUCUGAUCCGCGCAGGGCAGAGGAGAUCUACAAGGAAAUCAUCUCAAAGCCGCCGUCGGUCACAUCGGAUGCUGCCAUUCGGGAAUACGAGAUUGCCUUGAUCAGCUUGGGGGAGCUAUACCGCGACCAGAAGAACACAGAACAGCUAGUGGGCUUGGUAACCAAGAGCAGAACCGUGCUCUCUUCAUUUGCAAAGGCGAAGACGGCCAAGCUGGUCCGCCAGCUACUCGACCUCUUCGAAGCUAUCCCCAACUCCCUCGACAUCCAGAUCUCCGUCACAAAAUCAUGCAUAGAAUGGGCUACGUCCGAGAGGCGGAGCUUCCUCCGACAGAACCUCGAGACGCGCCUCGUAGCGCUGUACAUGGCGAAGCAGUCCUACUACGAUGCGCUGACUCUCAUCAACGGCCUGCUGCGCGAGCUCAAGCGCAUGGAUGACAAGCUGGUGCUAGUCGAGGUGCAGCUCCUCGAGUCCCGCGUGUACCACGCACUGGGCAACAUCGCCAAGGCCCGCGCGGCCUUGACCAGCGCCCGCACCUCUGCCGCCUCGGUCUACACCCCGCCGCUCCUGCAAGCCAACCUCGACAUGCAGUCGGGCAUGCUGCACGCCGAGGACAAGGACUUCCAGACGGCAUUCAGCUACUUCAUCGAAGCGCUGGACGGCUACCACACGCAGGACGAGCCGACGCGCGCCCAGGCGGCGCUGCAGUACAUGCUGCUCUGCAAGAUCAUGCUGAACCUGGUCGACGACGUCAACCAGCUCAUGACGUCCAAGCAGGCGCUGAAGUACGCGGGCCAGUCGCUCGAGGCCAUGAAGGCCAUUGCGCGCGCGCAUGCGAACCGCUCGCUCGAGGAGUACGAGCGCGCCCUGGCCGCCUACAAGUACGAGCUCGGUAGCGACGCUUUCAUCCGCAACCACUUGCGGCGGCUCUACGACGCCAUGCUCGAGCAGAAUCUGAUCAAGGUGAUUGAGCCCUUCAGCCGGGUUGAGAUUGACCACAUUGCCAAGAUGGUUGGACUCGACACGCAGCAGGUGGAGCGCAAGCUGUCCCAGAUGAUCCUCGACAAGGUCAUCAUCGGCGUCCUGGACCAGGGCGCCGGGUGCCUCAUCAUCUAUGACGAGACGCACCGGGACGAGGCGUACGACGCGGCGCUGGCGACGAUCGAGAAGCUGAGCAGCGUCGUGGACGUGCUGUAUACCAACCAAGCAUCGCUCCUCGAGUGAGGGGGUCUAUUUUUGCUGUGGGUUGUUUUGAGUCGGUCUGGUGAGGCCUGGAUUGUAACCAUAUAUCGGUGCACAAAUAUCAACAACAACGCUUAGAAUCGCUGGCGUGAAACGAACAAGGCAUCGCAUUCUUGGCGUACACCAAGCCUAGUAGUACUGUUUAUCCAUAAACUGAACGCAACCCCCAAACGCCUUAGGUAUCGUAUCGUACGUAUAGGGGGUUAGAUCAACCUCGUGAUGCCCGCCAAACUAGCCAAAUCCAGGCGACUUUCAUAACCCCUGAGUGACAACCACCGCCCACAUUGCUGCCUGCCCAUGCAAGAACAAAUCAUCAACUUCGUAAUCCACACGAGAACCCGUUCAACAUCUCAUCCACACCACAGCAG